AUGAGUUAUUAUCCUCCAAUGAUGCCCCUUUAUAUGAUGCCACCUGGAAAUAUCAAUACCAUUAGUAAUGAUAAUGAUAACGGUGAUAAUAUUAUACAGUUACCGUCAUAUGUAGUGGAGCAAAACCGAAAACAGAAUAACAAUACUUUUACUCAAAAAAAUAUUAAACAAAAGAAAAAAAAUAAAAAUAAGAAAAAAGUCUUAAAUGAUAGAUUGGACAAUGCUAAUGCUAAUAUUGUCACUUUAGCUGAAAAUUACGCCACAAAUGAAAAAGAGCGUGGUGCUAUAUUAGAAAAUAGUACAACUAAUCACUAUAAUACCGCUAACAAUACUGCAAAUAAUAAUAAUUUAUACUAUGUAUGUUAUGUUCCAAGUAAAGAUUCCGGUUCUCCUAUGGAAUAUGGCAAUGGCAUGUAUACACCGACACUAUCGUCUACAGUGUAUAAUAAUCAGUCCUUCUCUCCAAUAAAUACGCCUUAUAGUGUUUCUAAUAAUAAUAAUGGUGAUAAUGUUACUGCGCCGUUGUAUAAUCCUUGUUAUUAUUCUUUAGGAGGAAGUGAUGUAUUACCAAAUAAUAGUAGCAGCAGCAGCAGCAUUAGGAGCAACAGCAGAAGUUGUAGUGAAAUCUCGUCACAGACUAUAAAUAUUUGUAAUAAUAAUAAUUUGCCCGACAACAACAAUCAUAAUACUAAUAGUAAUAAUAAUAAUAGUAAUAAUAAUAGUAAUAAUAGUAAUAACAAUAAUAGUAAUAAUAAUAAUAGUAAUAGUAAUAAUAAUAAUAAUAGUAAUAGUAAUAAUAAUAUUAAAAGUAAUAAUAAUAAUAAUAAUAUUAAUAAUGAUAGUAACAGUAAUAGUAAUAAUCCAAUUAAUCAACCACUACUUUAUCCACCUAUACCUUCCAUACCAUAUCCCUUGGUGCCAUCUCUUACUUUCCCCAAUUCACACCAACCUCAACAACCCAUUACUAAGAUGAUUAGAAUAGAUUAUAUCCCAAUGGGAAAAACUUGGAAAGACAUUAAAUAUUUUAUUGGGGGUGUGAUUCAUCAUACUCAAAUUUUGCAAGUAACUAUCCUACCUGAGAGUCAACAACCUAAUCCAAAAAAAUCACUUUCAUGUACAGUUUUAUUUCAAUCAGAAAAAGUUGUACCCACUAUAAUACUCAAAUUAAAUGGUGCCAAAUGGGGUUCUAACACAUUAUUAGCUUAUCCAAUAGCUCAUUAUGACACUAAUUUGACUAUAUUUAAUAAUAAUAAUAAUAAUAAGAUUAGAAGUAAGGAUAAUAAUGGUGGUAAUGAUAAUUUGACGCCAAUACCUAACACACUACAUGAACCUGCCACAGCAACUGUACUUCCCACUCAAUAUAUCCCCCAUUUUAUGCCCCAAAUGAUACCGUAUCAAGAUUUAUCACAACCAUAUUUUAUUACUACUAAUAAUGACAAUCACAUGGAAGACCAAAAGAGUUUUAGCAAUACCGCACCUAAUUAUGAUGAAAAAGAUACUAAUAGUUCCCCCAAUUCAAAUUACUUUAAACCUAUUAUAUCACCUAUUCAACAACAACAAAUGUAUUUUGUGCCUUUCGGGAGAGGUGAAGAGAUAGGAACUGGAGCGCUGCCACCACCUUUGAUUCGUGAUUCUUCUGGCCUCGUUCUGCCAGGUUUUUUACCACAUACUAAUGUUGGUAGUAAUGGUAAUGCUUCCUCAAUGCACCAGCCUAAUUAUAUCUAUUUCGGACCAAAUGGGCCAUCGUUUAUUCCACCUUCUCUUCCUCCCCCACCUUUUCUUGCACCUAUAUCGCCGCAACAGCAGCAUCAACCAUCAGCAUUACAGGUUUCUUCAAUUUCGAGUAAUUCUAAUAGCAAUGGCAAUGGUGCAAAUGACCUAUCAAUGUUUCCUAAUAGUACUAAUAUCAAGAACAACAAGAUUGUGGCUAAACAUAAAAAUAAGAGAAAAAAGAGUGAUGGCGAGACUGACAAGAAUGGUAUAACCAUUAGACCUACUAAUGGAAUGGAAUCAGCCACGAAUUCUACGUUUGUCAAUUAUCCAGUAGCAACUGUUCCAUUUUCACCUCUGACUGAUCUCACAUCCCCACCCGUGCCACUACCUUCUUCCGAAUCUUCUGAAUCUUCCUAUUCAUAUUCUUCAGCUGCUGCUAUUGCUGCGUUGAAUUACAACUCAAUGUUUGGUUUAUCUGUACCAUCCCAACAACAACAACACCCACUUAUUUUUGGCAAUUUUAAUGGUGAUAAUGGCACUGGUAAAAAUAGUAAUAUUAUAAACAAUACUAAUAACAAUAAUAAUAAUACCUAUACAGAAUUUACGCCUUUAUAUGGUUUGCUCCAAGAGUUUUCAGAAGCAUCUUUUAGAAAGCAGAUGAGCGAGCGAAAAAUGUAUUAUCAAUUAAAAUUAACCAAUUUUCCCAGGAAUGUCAGGAUUAGAUGGACUAACUUGAAGGAUUUUAUUAAAACCCAAGUUUUAAGGGAUUAUUAUGAAGCUAAAAUAAAAGAGCGUCAAAAUCUGCAACACCACCGUUUUCAUGAUGAAGAUCAUAAAAUGAAUAACAAAGCCAAUGUUAUUGAUAACACUCGCACAAGCAACGAUAAAAAUUCUGCGUUGAAAUUUUCUAAUUUCAAAAAUGAUUUCUACGUUGGCGUGUAUCAAGAAGUUAGGGGGCCAGAUGAUGCAGUUUGUGAUAUUUUUGGUGAUGGGGAGGAUUUAGACGGUAAAGAAGAGAGUUGUACCAUUAUCUCUUCUAAUGGUUCUAGGGAUUCCAUUUCGAGUGGUAGUAGUAGUAGUAGUAGUAGUGGUGGUAGUAGUGGCAAUAAUAGUGCCUUGGUUGAGAAUGAAAUCAUAUAUAAGGCCAUAUUAGGAUUUAUUAACGAGGAAAUGAUGGACGUAUGCAAAAAAAACUUGUCAAAAUUUGAUUUUAUAUUACCUGGUUGUCAUUUACUUUAUGAACAAUUAAUGCCCGUCGAAUUACAUGAUGUAAGUGGGAGCCGUUAUGCUGAUAAUGAGAAGGUUAGAUAA